GGUAAAAAUGGUAGCUGAGCAUUUGAAGACAGUAGUGAAUAUGCAAACUUUGAAGGCAAUGCUACGAAAGAAGAAUUUGUCAAAAAUAGAGACAAAAAUAAAUGCAUAAGACUGCCUUAUUUUCUUUGGAAACUUUCAGAUCUUCUCAGAAGUUUCUAACUUCUAGUCAUCUUUUUGUCUGUUCAAACAGGCAGUUGCAUUUUGAUUGCAGAUUUGCCUGGCUGUUUGAAGCUUCAUCUAAAACAAAGGGAGUUCUACAAGGCACCAGAGAAGGAUGAUCCUUGGGAACCUCAGUGGGUUUAGUGAAUUCAGACUCCUGGGUUUUUCUGAAAGCUCUCAUUUGCACUCUUUGCUCUUUGUAGUUUUAUUAUUUCUUUAUAUUCUCACCUUGAUGGCUAACACAGUGACAGCUUUCACAAUAAACAGUGAUAACACCCUUCACACCCCGAUGUAUUUCUUCCUCACUCAGCUGUCCUGUUUGGAUAUCUGCUAUUUAUCAGUCAUUUUCCCAACCAUUAUCGAGACCCUGAUGGUGGGAACAGUAAGUAUUUCCAAGACAAGAUGUGCAAUGCAAAUGUUUUUCUUCCUUUUCUUUGGAGUUGCUGAAUGCUUUCUCUUGGCUGCCAUGUCCCUUGAUCGUUAUUUUGCAAUUUGCUACCCCUUGCACUACACAGUUACCAUGAGCAGCAGGCUCUGCAGAAGCCUGGUUGCUGGGAGUUACAUUUUUGGGGCUGCUGUGGGUUUAAUUCACACCCUCACAACAUUCAGCUCACCCUUGUGUGGCUCUGCCAUCGACCACUUCUUCUGUGAGAUUCAGCCCUUGCUGGACCUGCUGUGUGGCAGCACCUUCCCACGAGAGCUGCAGGUCACUGUGGUGGCUGUCUUUGCUAUUCUGAGCCCUUUCCUACUCAUCAUUUACUCCUACGUUUGUAUCAUUUCCACCAUUCUUCACAUGGCAUCAGCUGAGCGCCAGCAGAAAGCGUUUUCCACUUGCUCCUCACACCUCUUGGUCGUGGCUCUGUUUUAUGGCACUGGAGGCGCCGUGUACCUGCGGCCAAAAUCCACCUGUUGUGCAUCUGUGCACAAAUUCCUCUCACUCUCUUAUUCUGUGCUCACUCCCUUAUUGAAUCCCAUCAUUUACAGCCUGAGGAAUAAGGAGGUCAAAGAAGCCCUGAAGAAAAGAUGGAGAAAAACGAAUGUGGUGUGGAAAUGA